UUAGCCAGGUGGGGUGGCUUCAGCAAUCACCCCGCUUCACCUUUGCCAGGGUUAUUAUAUGAAGUACACAUGGCUCUUUUCGUUAUUCAAUCGAUAAGUGUUGACUAUUAUUUUACAUUCUAAAAUAUUAUUUGUUAUCUAUGCAUGAGGUUCAAACGAUGGCAACAUGCGGAGGCCAGUCAGAAAUCAAUGGUGUUCCGAUACGCCUGAUUAUGGUAGUGUGCGUAUAAUAAUGCUGAAUCGUAUAAAACAGCCGUUCGAAAUGGAAGUGCAAGCUGGAAAACAAUCAAUUGAUUCCCGUAGUAACACGGAGCCAUAUAAAGGAAACGUCAAGUUCGGUCACAUACAGUACAUAGUGGAGUUUUGUAUGUCGAUCCACCUUUCCAUGGUUAUUUGGAUUAAGUAAGAGCUAAAGUUUAACCGCACUUGAUACCUUUGGACACAUUCAGUUCACAUUUGCCCUGGGAUUGUUUGUUUGCCAUAUCAUGGAUGUUGAAAAGCCUAGGAGGCUGCUGGAGAUGGAAAACAAAUUGGAGUUAUCUGAUCCGUCAUUACAGUCUGAAAACAAAGAUGUACCGACUAUUUACGGAUGCCCGGAUAAUGAAUUUAGUGCUGAAGCAGAUGCUUCGUCGCUGUACAAUGCCAUGAAAGGACUGGGUACAAGAGAAAAAGCGAUUAUCGAUCUGUUGACGCAUCGCUCCAGUCAACAACGCCGAAAUAUUGCUGGAGCCUACAAAAAGCUCUACGGAAAGGAACUAAUAAAUGCAAUGAAAGGCGAGCUGAAGAUUCUCAUAAGCGGACAUUUCGAGGAUGUUCUUAUCGCUCUCCUUAAACCACCGGAAGUUUAUGACGCCGAACAAAUUCACCAUGCUAUUCAUCUACCACUUACGGACGAAGACAUGGUCAUCAAUAUUGUCUGUACUCGAAACAAUGUGGAGCUCAACGCAAUCAAAAAGGCUUACACAAACCUUUAUGAUAAGGAUCUUGCUCUUGAUAUCUCUUCCCAUGUCCAUUCAUCUACAUUCUUUAAAAACUUGAUAACCACAACUUUGGCGGCAAAUCGUGAUGAUGAUUUUGACUCCGAAGAAAACGAUCUGGAACACGUGAUGGUCGCGGUGGAGCAAGCCAAGUGGGAUGCGAGAGCCCUUUACGAUGCGGGACCAAAACGCUGGGCAUCUGACAGUACUUUUAUUCCCUUAUUCACCGGAAGAGGUCUAGUACACCUUCGCGUAGUUAUUCAGGAAUUGGAGAAACUCCUUGAUAUGCCUUUGGAGAAAGUUCUUGCCACGCAUUUACAUGGAGAUGUAGAAAAAUUUCUGGAAAGAUUUGUCAAAUUUGUCAAGAAUAAGCACGCCUUUUUUGCGGAAAUUUUAUACAAAUCCAUGAAAGGACUGGGGACCGACAACAGAAAACUCAUCCACACUAUUGUUUCGCGAUGCGAAAAGGACCUCGACAAUAUUAAACAGCAGUUUGAGGCGGCAUAUCGUAAAACACUGGAGUCAUUUAUUAUUGGUGACACGUCUGGAUACUACAAGCAAAUUUUGCUGGCACUUUCGGGCUAUGUCUACCAACAAAGCGAGGAAGAUAUACCCGACCUUUCCGAAAGCGAUUCGGAAGGUGACAACUGAAGCUGCAUGCAUAUUGUUUAUUACAAUACUUUUUCUGCAAGUGGUCUUAGAUUAUUUUGCGCAUUGAGGAAUCAAAAAUAGUUGGACCUAGUUGCAAGCGGCCUAUUGCUGUCAGGUUUUUAGAUUUGCAGAUUGUUUGACGAGACCGCUGGCGCCUUUGCUAGUUUG